UUUUUAUUCCACCAAAAAAACUCAAAUCAAGCAUUCAAAUUCAUUUCACUUUCAUUUCAAAACCCUAGAUUUCAGAAAAUGUCUGGCCGUGGAAAAGGAGGCAAGGGCCUGGGAAAGGGAGGCGCGAAGAGGCACAGGAAAGUCCUCAGAGACAACAUUCAAGGCAUCACGAAGCCUGCGAUUCGCAGACUUGCGAGGAGAGGUGGUGUGAAGAGAAUUUCGGGGCUGAUCUAUGAGGAGACUCGCGGUGUUCUCAAGAUUUUCCUGGAAAAUGUGAUUCGUGAUGCUGUGACUUACACGGAGCAUGCUAGGAGGAAGACGGUGACGGCCAUGGAUGUGGUCUAUGCUCUCAAGAGGCAAGGAAGGACUCUCUAUGGAUUUGGUGGUUAGAUUGUCUGUUGCAAGCGAACCGAUUGUAGAUGUUAAUUUCUUCUUCCUCACUCGAUCAAUCUUAUGUAAUUCUGUGUUUUUUGAAUCUCAAGUAAUGGAGCUUUAUUUUGUUGCAAAGUUUGGAUUUUGUUUUUGGUUUUGGUUUUGCAAUAUUGGAUUCUAUUUGGGUGCAAGAGAAAAGAGCUUUGAAUUAUAGGCUAGCAAUAUUUGAAUGUUUGUCUUUAUAGAAAUGUAUUUCAGUGCUUGAACA